AUGUCUGGUCUUCUGGGGAGCCGAGGGUUCUGCUAUCUUUUCGUGCAUCUUGCAGCUCUAUUCACUCUAACCCCAGUUGUCCACGCUGCCGUCGCUGUCGAACCUGGAGCAUUCGGACAGUUAUUCCAGCUGGCAAAUAACCCUCCUUUUCCCUUGGCCACGGCCAACGAAGACUCCGAGACGUUGUCACCGGUCACGAACUCGAUGCAACUCGGUGAAGGAAAGGAGGAGCAGGACGCCUUGCAAAUGAUGACCUUUAUGAACGACGCGACCAAGACAGACUUAUCAUCGACCGUAACGUCAGUUGACACAAUGCAAAACGGCAACCUACGAGUAAUGAUCGUAGGAGACUCCAUGUCCCAAGGAAAAGAAGGGGACUACACGUGGCGGUAUCGAAUCUGGGAAUGGUUUCGGGCGCAAAACAUUGCCGUCCAGCUGGUGGGCCCCUACACAGGGACCGCGCCGUCCGAACCGCAGGCCCACGGGGAGCUCCAGCACCAGACCCCGCUGGGCCAGCCCCCGACCAGUGGCGGGUACGCCCCCGACGUGUCCCCGGACUUUGAUCGCCAUCAUUUCGCCGUGUGGGGCCGCGUGGCCGCCAUCGACAAGGACUUGAUCUAUGAUGUCCUCAGUGCCCAUCAAGCAGACUUGAUGCUGCUGAUGCUGGGGUUUAAUGACAUGGCUUGGUUUCAGAGUGAUGCAUCGGGCACCCUGGACAGUAUCCGUACCCUAGUCAUCAAUGCCCGCGCAGCCAAUCCAAACCUCAAGUUCGCCAUCGCCAAUGUUCCCCAGCGCACCCUAAUCCCGGGCCGAGAGGAUAUUCCGUUCAAUACCAAUAUCUAUAAUGCGUUGCUGCGAAAUGCUGUCCCAGAGUGGAGUAGUGAAGGUUCGCCCAUUCAUCUGGUCGAACUGCAGGAGAACUACGAUUGUGGGCCAGAUGCAUGUCCUGCCGGUUAUGAUGGACUGCAUCCGAAUCCUGUGGGAGAGUAUCAGAUCGCUCGCGCGUUCAGCCUUACUCUGGUGAAGGAUUACGGGAUCGGAAACUCUCCGUUGAUCAUUCCUGAUAAGAUUCCAGAGGGGCCUCCUCACUCGUCGUUCAGUUUCUAA